UUUUUAUCAUGUACACUUAUACUGAAAUGUUCAGGUAAAACUGUGUUUUUCAUUUAGUCACUUCGUCAUACAAUUUACAUAUUUCAUUGCAUUUUGAGGGGAGUGUUGCAUGACCUGUGCCAUUCUUCUAAGAUGAACACCACAGUUCCACACAACACAAUCCAUGGGAAUGCAUGCGCUCCUGAGCCUCAGCACAUGUCUCUGGUUGUGGUCCUCAGUCUGGUCUAUCUGCUGGGCCUUCUGCUCAAUGGAUUCAGCCUGUGGGUCUUCACCUGCCGCAUUCACAAAUGGAACUCUGGAGCCGUUCUACAGUUUAAUCUGGCUCUAUCCGACGCCAUCAUCACUCCACUCACCCCACUGAUGGCAGUGUAUUUUGCCUUGGAUAGCAACUGGAUUUUUGGGAAAUUCGCCUGCCAGCUGAAGAUCGCUGUGCUCAGCAUCCACUUCAAUGGCAGUGUGAUCUUCCUCACACUCAUUAGCAUUCAUCGAUAUGUGUUUGUGGUUCACUUCAACCGCUCCUCGUUGAUAAAAAGGAAGGUAUUUGUGAAGAAGCUGUGUGUUGGGAUUUGGUGUUUUCUGAUAAUAAUUGGCAUUUUCUAUGGAUGGCUGCUUCCUGUUACCAAUGAAGAAACACAUGAGCAGUGUCUUUCUAUUCAUCAAAAAACUCUGACAGAUGCUUACUUCACUAUUAACUUUGUGAUUUUCUUCUUUUGGUGUAUUUUACCCUUAAGUAUAUCAGUAUUUUGCUACAGUCGCCUGGCAAGCUCAGUGUCCCGCAUUAACAUAAAUUCUUUUAAAGGCCAAGCAGUCAAGACUAAGUCCCUGAGGAUGAUAGGGAUAUGUCUAGUCAUAUUUGGCCUCUGCUUUCUUCCUCUCAAUGUUGUUCGGACUAUAGGAGUAGUUGUGAAAAAGUAUCAUCCUACUAAAUGCAGACUCAUGUUGCAAUUGGAAACAGCAUAUUAUGCAUGCUAUAUACUGGCAGGAAUCAACUGCUGUCUGGAUCCCCUCAUUUACUUUUUUGGCUCAAGUAAUUUUACCGAAGCAUUCAGAAGAUCUCUUAGAGUAAUAGGAGGCAGACACAAUGUCGAAAACAAAACUGAGCCAGAAACAACAAUUUAAAGUGUAAACAGAAAUGUUGUUUUCUACUGUCUCUUAGGGCAUUAGGUAAGUCAGCAUGAAAUGAAAAUUGUGAUCAAAUGUUCUGAUCUCACGCAAGUGAACGUGCCAAGAGAUAAGGGGAAGGGGAAGUUAAAGAUUAUAUGGGCAUAUGAACUUAAUGUCCAAAACACUCUUCAUUUUGAUUUCAUGGUAUCUUUAAUGGUGCUUUGAUAAGCAGUCUACUGCAAGAUUACACUUAAAAUCUUUUUGGCCUUAAUAUAUUUAUUUGUCCUGUAUUAUCCUAUUUUACCAGGCUAUUUUAUCCUAUUUUAAAUGUAGUCUUGCAAUGGUUUUGUGAAUUUGACAGAAAAUGUUACUGUGGCCUCCACUGUUUUUACAGUUUCUGCUAACAUCAAUGCUGUAGAAUGCAUUAAAAAUGGUUAAAAUAACCAACCCUUCAAAACAUGCUAAUGAUAACUACAUGCAGAAAGAAGCUUUGAAAGUCUUAUUCAGCUGAACCUUUCAGACUGUAUAAAUAAAACUCAUAUUUUGAAUUGUAGAUAGUAUUGACAUUUCAAAUAACCAGCAAUGCUAAUAUGUGACUGCAACUAAAUAAACAGAAAGACCUGUUUAGAUUUGUAAUUUGUUAAUGUUUUGUAAAAAGUAGCCGUGUAAACAUUUUUCAAAACAUCAAGCAUUAAA